AAAAUUAAAAGAUUACAGCUCUUACUGAAGUUGUACAUCAUGGAUUUGUGGCUAUUUCAUGUGCUGCUGAGCGGGGUUAUUCUGCAGAUAGUUUGCUGUCUGCCUGUUCAAGAACUACAGGAAAGAAAUGAAGACAGUGGAAUAGAUCAAGAUAUCUUCGAUAUCAAUGAAGCACUGGGACUGAACUUGUUCGAGGGUGAUAUCAAACUUGAUGAUGAGAGACCAGAACGUAACUCCAUUAUUGGCAACGAAUAUCGAUGGCCUCACACCAUUCCAUAUGUCCUUGAGGACAGCCUAGAUAUGAAUGCAAAGGGGCUGAUCCUCAAUGCAUUUGAACAGUAUCGCCUAAAAUCCUGUAUUGAUUUCAAACCCUGGGAAGGCGAAGCAAAUUACAUAUCUGUCAUCAAAGGGAGUGGUUGCUGGUCCUCUGUGGGAAACCGCCGAAAAGGGAGGCAAGAACUCUCCAUAGGAGCCAACUGUGACAGGAUUGGGACGAUUGAGCAUGAAUUCCUUCAUGCACUGGGAUUCUGGCAUGAACAGUCACGAUCUGAUCGAGAUGAUUAUGUCACAAUAAUGCGAGACAGAAUUCAAGAGGGUAAGGAAGGAAACUUCAACAAAUAUGAUGAUAAAAUAUCUGACUUCCUUAAUGUCCCAUAUGACUAUAACUCUGUAAUGCACUACAGUAAAAAUGCCUUCAGGAACGGAGCAGAACCAACAAUAGUAACAAAUAUACCAGCCUUCAUUGAUGUGAUUGGACAGCGCAUGGAUUUCAGUGAAUAUGAUAUCCGGAAGCUGAGUCGACUCUACAAUUGCACUUCAUCUUUAAGCUUUAUGGAGACAUGCAGUUUUGAAUUUGAAAACGUGUGUGGCAUGAUUCAAAGUACAGAAGAUAAUGCUGACUGGCAGCGCAUAACCCAGGUUCCUAGUGGACCACAAACGGAUCACACCUAUGUUGGAAUCUGCCAAGAGACUGGCUACUUUAUGCAUUUUAACACCAGUGCUGGAAGAGUGUCAGAACGAGCGGUUUUAGAGAGCCGAUUUCUAUAUCCCAAGAGAGGUUUCCAGUGCCUACAAUUCUAUUAUUACAACAGCGGAAGUGGAAGUGAUCAGCUGAAUGUUUUAGUCAAGGAAUACACUGAUGCAAGCCCCAAUGGUACCCAAAGGCUUGUGAAAACGAUACAAGGUUCACCUGCAGGCUACUGGGAGUUACACCAUGUGUCUUUAAAUGUUGCAAGUAAAUUCCGAGUAGUAUUUGAAGGCAUAAAAGGAUCUGAUGCAUCUAAUGGAGGCCUUUCCAUUGAUGAUAUCAACCUGUCAGAAACCCAGUGCCCUCACCAUGUUUGGCAUAUAAGAAAUUUCACUCAGCUGGUUUCAAGCGCUACAAUAUUAUAUAGUCCACCCUUUUACUCUCCCAAAGGGUAUGCAUUUCAGAUUGGUUUGCUCCCCAGAGUUACCACCAGUUCAUUUAAUUUACACAUAGAUUUGCACUUGAUCUCUGGUGCAAAUGAUGACCGGUUGCAGUGGCCUUGUGCAUGGCAACAAGCUACAGUACUUCUGCUUGAUCAACAUCCAGACAUCCGCCAACGUAUGUCAAAUCAAAGGAGUAUAACUACAGACCCAAGCCAACUAGUAUACGAUAGACCAGAUAACGUAGGAAUAGUUGCUACUUUUCCUAAUGGCACUGAAUUCAUGAGAGGUCCUGCAACUGAAUUCAGUUCCUUUAUAACACUUCAAAGGCUUGAAAGUCGUGAGUUUGUUAAAGAGGACAGUAUUUUCAUUCUUACAACAGUGGAAGAUAUAUCACAUUUAAUAUCAACUCAGCCAAAUUCUACAGCCAUCACUCCAACUACAGUCACUAGUGUGUGUGAGGCCUAUGGCUGUCAAAACGGUGGAAUCUGCAUUCUUGAAGAAGGGAAGCCAGUUUGCAGAUGCCCUGUAGGUGCAGAUUGGUGGUAUGUGGGAGAAAAAUGCGAGCAGAAGGGAUCCAUACAGGACACAGUUGUGAUAGCAGUUGCCUCGUCUCUAUCUAUAUUUGCUGUUAUGUUGAUCAUCACCAUUGUAGCGACCAGCUGUGUUAAAAAGAAAUAUAGGGAAAAAAUGGAAGCCAGGGAAAGCCUGGGUUUACAAAAUAAAACACCCCUCUGAAGAUAGUGAAAGUUUGGAAACCAAAAUGGAUGGCCUCACUUGAACACCUCAUUCAUAACUUCAUGUCCAGCACAGUUUCUUCUUUGCCAACCGACAUUUUACUUACAGG